AAUGGAUUAACGCGCGUGGGAAGAGCGCCGUUGUAGAGGUGUAAACGAAUCUCAUAAGUGGUCCCAUGUUUUAAUGACGGAUAUGAUCGGGCAGUUUCUUAAUUGUCAAUUUCUGUUGAAAUAGUGAAUCCUUAGUGUGGACUAGUGCUUUCAUGUAUCAAUCAGAUUUAUAUGUGUAUCAUUAAACAAUCUAUACAGCUGAGCGUGUUUCUCCGGCCAAGUUGGGUUAAAAUUAUUUCUUCGGUACAAAUCGAUCGCGAUCAGUCAUAUGUGAUUGUUGUGGAAUCCACACUGCGCGUGCAGCUUGUGUUCCGUGCAUACGAAGUCCGUUGGCUUAAAUUUUGGUGAACGGAUUUAUACACCUUCGUGUUAAUUGUGGGAAACAUUAUCUCCGAUUGCCAAUGAAUGGUUUCUGCAGCCAUUCAGAUAGUGUUUGUAAUUCCCGAAAUUUUAUUUACCAUAAGCCGAUGCUGACCUUUUUUAAUCACUAAUACUGGAACAUCCUCUUUCGCGUUGAUACUACAGAAAAUGAAAGACACUACAAAGCCCGCCCCGAAAAUGGCGGUCAGAAAGAUUCCUUCCCCGCCAAUUCUAAAACACGCCAUACAGCUCGAGAAAUUGCAGCAAAAAGCUGCUCUGGAAGCAUCCGUUGUCGAGAACAUACGGUCGUUCCUGAAACAUAAAGCAACUAUUGAGAGAGAUUGCGCUGUGGCCCUCCAAAAACUUAUCACACAGCAUACUUCCCGAAAAGAUUUUCUGACAUACUGUGAUACACUGCAUGGGAAAGGUGCACUUAAGCAAAAUUCGGCAACGGCACUCAGUGAUCCCGAAGAAGUGCAAAAUGACCCCCCAACUGCCAGCGAGUUAACUUUGGCGGAGUUCUGGACAGAUUGCAUGAGCGGUCUCCAGAAGUUGCAAACAUCGAAAAUCAGCCAGUAUGACGAAAUAAUUAAACUGACAUCAGAUGAACUGAAAACACCAAAAACUACUAGGACUCGUCAAGUAAAACAAGCUAUGGACACUGCGCUGGAGGUACAUUUGGAAUGUAACAGAGUCGUGGACAUGAUAACGCACUCAAGGAAAUCGUACACGGAAGCCGAGUCCGUUAUACAAGAAGCCAAAGAAAAAGUAAAAAAGUUAGAACAGAAGGCAAAAAAGAAAGGAAAAACAGUUACGCCGCCGGCUAAGGUCACAGAGAUUUUAGAAAACCAGACUCCCAGAGCCACCGCAGCCCGAAAUGAAUACAUCCUGUCAAUUAUCGGAGCAAAUUCCUUACUGUCGCGCUACUACUCCCAUGAUCUACCCUACAUCAUGGAUAUGAUGAACGGCAACGUGUAUGAUGGGAUGCGUCACCUUUUAGCGUUAGUCCUUCAUUGUGAACUACACAUAAUACCGGAAGCGCACGAAGUGUACACUAAGCUCAACGCUGAGAACCAGAGCUUAAGCAAUCGAAAGGACAUCGAAUCCCUAAUCAGUGCCCACAGUAUGUUUAAAGAACCGGUCCAGUAUACAUUCGAAGCGUGCUCUGGUGAUACGGUGUCCAGCAUCCUUUUGGACGGGGAUGCCGCAACCGCGAUGGAAAAGUGCGCUCGAAAAUGGGCAAUUCGCUUGCUGGAAAGUCAAUUAGCCCAGAAAAAACUCGUGGAGCAAAUAGACGUCCUGGAGAAACAAAACGUUGACAUCACGACGGAAGAGGGAAAAAAUGCCUUUGAAACAAAACAGUAUUCCCUAAAAGAAAACUUACGGAACGAAACAAACUUACAGCACACUGCUCAGGCAAUACUGGAUACGCUAAAACAGGCCGGAGUUGAUGUGGACACAUGGAUGGCUAGCGCAAAGAUCGCCGUAGAGGAGAAAAUUACCGCAGCAUCCUCUGGACCGGAAAUUAUUACAACACUACCGCUUCCGCCUAGACAUCACAGCAACUCCACAAUUCAUAGUGAUAACAACGCUGAGAAUGCAACUAAUCAAAUCAGUAUUUCGGACACAAGUACCACGCAAGCCUUGGAUACUUCAACUUCCGGCGGUCCGAGCGUGCGCUGUACAGCCAUGUAUGACUACAGUGCUGACCGGCAAGAUGAACUCUCGAUUACCGCUAACGAAGAACUUACUGUCCUUGACGGUACCACUGACGCCGAAUGGCUUCUGGUGGAAAAUUCCUCUGGCCAGCAAGGAUAUGUACCGAAGACAUACGUUAAUUAUAAGAAAGACGACGACGGCGUAGAUGCACUUGUCGCAAACAACAGCCAAAUAAGACCGGAUUUUUCGGCGUAUAGUAUGCCUUCCUGGGAUGACGAAGCGGGCUCCAACGGUGCUCUAUGGGAUCAUGUUGAUAAUGGCAUUCGUAUAACACACAGCAGCUACGAAUCGCCCACGAACGAAAAUGAGUACACGGAAGACGGCACAACACCGUCCGACAGUCAUUCCGUACACAGUGUACAGCGCGGCGAAUCGGGGUUAACCAACCGGACGUCCUCGGUGAGCAGUCAGCAGCGUGUGGGAUCUGCUGAACACCAUGAACUGCCACAACUUAGCGUUACGGAAACCUCGUUUGGUGAUACGUAUACCGAGCCCACUGCUGCGUACUGCCGAGCCGUAUACGAUUACAGCGCGGAUGAUCCGGAAGAUUUAUCCUUUCAAGAAGGCGACGUGAUAAAGAUUAUUAGCCGGUCGCAUGGUGAUGUUGAUGACGGAUACUGGACAGGAGAGUUGAAUGGAAGAGUUGGACUAUUCCUGUCAGCGUUGACAGAAGAAUUGAUUGAUACGGAUAACAGUAGUGAUAGAGGAAUAUCGCUCUCCUCCACUUCAUCGCCAUUACCUGGUUACACGCAACAGCAGGGGCUUGCCGAACAUUCCUUUUCCAUGAUUUCCGUUCCAGACCGACCUUGGUGAUUUGUAUCUCAGUGUCGAGUGCUAGUCGCAUUUAUUUUAUAUUUCUAUUGACUGAUUUUUUAACAUACGGCAGUAGUGGAGACAUCAGCUUCCUUUAUUUGUGCACACUGCAGUUACAACGUUUCCUUAGAAAUUGCGUGUACAUGUAUGGCUACUUUAUACGUAAGAAAUAUGCUUGUUGUGAUAGACGUAGGAAUUGUAAAGGAUUUUCUUUGAGGACCUGGUUGAACAUUAAACUUCCGACAUAA